GAAGUCUUGGUUUAAAAAGAAACAGAAACAUACACAGGGGGAUUGGUGAAUGGUGCCGACCGCGGCCAUCGCAGUUGGAGGCUAUUUUUUGGGGGGGGGUUGAAUAGCGUCCAUGGAGUUACUUUGUGCCCAUUCCUAGCGGCAAGGGCUUACGUCCAGCGGGCUGACCGUCCCCAGCAGGGGUGCGGGGCAGGGGACGCUGAGGGCCCGACCGUCUCCCUCGCCGCGACCCCGGAUGGAUGCGCGCCCCCCGCCCGCCCGCGCCGGCCCCUGGAGCUCCGGGUUUCGGGAGCAUCCUUCCCGCGCCGGCCCUCGCCGCGGCGCGUAGUCCAGGGCAGCGCCCCUCAAAAGGGCACCGCGGAGGAAGGCCAGGCGAGAGAGCCAGCUCCCUUCUCUGAAGAAGGGACCGGAAGGACCCUGCAGUUGCCAAUGGGCAGCCAUCUGUGGGAGCAAGCCGACUGAGCGUGGCCCUCUGAGGUGGAGGGUAGGGUGAGAAGGUGCCGAAGGACAAAGUAAACAAGGCCCUUUUCAUUCUUCCAGGAUCCCCUAGAUGGAAGAGAAGAGGCGAAAGUACUCCAUCAGCAGCGACAACUCUGACACCACUGACAGUCACGCUACAUCUGCAUCAAGAUGCUCCAAACUGCCCAGCAGCACCAAGUCGGGCUGGCCCCGGCAGAACGAAAAGAAGCCCUCCGAGGUGUUCCGGACAGACUUGAUCACGGCCAUGAAGAUUCCAGACUCCUGCCAGCUCAGCCCGGAUGACUACUAUAUCCUGGCUGACCCAUGGCGACAGGAAUGGGAGAAGGGUGUGCAGGUGCCGGCUGGAGCGGAGGCCAUUCCAGAGCCUGUGGUGAGGAUCCUCCCACCGCUGGAAGGCCCCCCUACCCAGGUGUCCCCUAGCAUCUCUCAAGUUGGCGAGAGCUCCCAGCCUGAUUGGCCUGGGGGCAGCCGCUACGACCUGGACGAGAUUGAUGCCUACUGGCUGGAGCUCAUCAACUCAGAGCUCAAGGAGAUGGAGAGGCCAGAGCUGGAUGAGCUGACGCUAGAGCGUGUGCUGGAGGAGUUGGAGACCCUAUGCCACCAGAAUAUGGCACGGGCCAUUGAGACACAGGAGGGGUUGGGCAUCGAGUAUGAUGAGGAUGUCGUCUGUGAUGUGUGCCGUUCUCCCGAGGGCGAAGAUGGCAACGAGAUGGUCUUCUGUGACAAAUGCAAUGUCUGCGUGCACCAGGCAUGCUAUGGGAUCCUCAAGGUGCCCACGGGCAGCUGGCUGUGCCGGACGUGUGCCCUGGGUGUCCAGCCAAAGUGCCUGCUCUGCCCCAAGCGAGGAGGAGCCUUGAAGCCCACCAGGAGCGGGACCAAGUGGGUGCACGUCAGCUGCGCUCUGUGGAUUCCUGAGGUCAGCAUCGGGUGCCCUGAGAAGAUGGAGCCCAUCACCAAGAUCUCACAUAUCCCAGCCAGCCGCUGGGCUCUGUCCUGCAGCCUUUGCAAGGAAUGCACAGGCACCUGUAUCCAGUGCUCCAUGCCUUCCUGUGUCACAGCGUUCCAUGUCACAUGCGCCUUUGACCAUGGCCUGGAAAUGCGGACUAUAUUAGCGGACAAUGACGAGGUCAAAUUCAAGUCAUUCUGCCAAGAGCACAGUGACGGGGGCCCUCCGAGUGAGCCUACUUCUGAGCCCGUGGAGCCCAGCCCAGCUGGCGAGGACUUGGAGAAGGUGACCCUACGCAAGCAGCGGCUGCAGCAGCUGGAGGAAGACUUCUACGAGCUGGUGGAGCCGGCUGAGGUGGCUGAGCGGCUGGAGCUGGCUGAGGCUCUGGUCGACUUCAUCUACCAGUAUUGGAAGCUGAAGAGGAAAGCCAAUGCCAACCAGCCACUGCUGACCCCUAAGACUGACGAGGUGGACAACCUGGCCCAGCAGGAGCAGGAUGUCCUCUACCGCCGCCUGAAGCUCUUCACACACCUGCGGCAGGACUUGGAGAGGGUUAGAAAUCUGUGCUACAUGGUGACAAGGCGUGAGAGAACGAAACACGCCAUCUGCAAACUCCAGGAGCAGAUAUUCCACCUGCAGAUGAAACUGAUCGAACAGGACCUGUGUCGAGAGGGGUCUGGGAGGAGAGCAAAGGGCAAGAAGAGCGACUCGAAAAGGAAAGGCCGCGAGGGCCCGAAGGGCAGCCCCGAGAAGAAAGAGAAAGUGAAGGCGGGGUCCGACUCAGUCCUGGGGCAGCUGGGCCUGUCCACCUCAUUCCCCAUCGAUGGCACCUUCUUCAACAGCUGGCUGGCACAGUCGGUGCAGAUCACAGCAGAGAACAUGGCCAUGAGUGAGUGGUCACUAAACAAUGGGCACCGCGAAGACCCUGCUCCGGGGCUACUGUCAGAGGAGCUGCUGCAAGAUGAGGAGACGCUGCUGAGCUUCAUGCGGGACCCCUCACUGCGACCCGGGGACCCUGCCAGGAAGGCCCGUGGCCGCACCCGCCUGCCUGCCAAGAAAAAGCCACCACAGGAUGGGCCUGGCUCACGGACGACUCCGGACAAAUCCCCCAAGAAGCCCUGGGGCCAGGAUGCAGGCAGCGGCAAGGCGGGGCAGGGGCUCGUGGCCCGGAAACCAACUCGGCGAACGCCUUCCCACCUGCCGUCUAGCCCCACAACUGGAGACUGUCCCAUCCCAGCAGCCCCCGACAGCCCCCCUCCUCUGGCCCCCGAGACCCCGGAUGAGGCAGCCCCAAUGGCUGCUGACUCGAAUGUCCAAGUGCCUGGCCCUACAGUGAGCCCUAAGCCCUUGGGCCGGCUCCGGCUGCCCCGCGAAAACAAGGGAACCCGGAGAUCGCCAGGUACCAGGCCUGAUGCUGGGACAGGACCGCCCGCUGCUGUGGCCGAGAGGCCCAAGGUCAGCCUACAUUUUGACACUGAGACUGACGGCUACUUCUCUGAUGGGGAGAUGAGCGACUCAGAUGUGGAGGCUGAGCACAGUGGGGUGCAGCGGGCUCCCCGGGAAGCAGGGGCUGAGGAGGUGGUCCGCAUGGGGGUACUGGCCUCCUAAGUCACCCCCGCCCGGUCCCAGGCCCUGCCCUGGUCCUCCCACGAGGCCUCAGCCCAGUCACAACUGCCAUUUCCAAUCUCUGCUGAGUGUCUCAGACCCUUGAGACUGCCACUCUGUUGUGGUUUUAUUUUUAAUAGAGAGAGUUUUGAAUUCCACACUGUUGUCUUUUUCCUCUGUGCUGGCCUAGGACAUUAGAAUUCCUUCCACGGCUCUGGCCGCAGGGGCCCUCGCAGGUCCUGUGCCCCAUCCCCGCCGCGGCAGCACCCCGCCCCGGCCCACGCGGCAUUGCUGGUCUCCUGGCUAGAUGUAGAUGAGGCGAAGAAGAGCUCAGGACUCCAGCCCACUGCCACUGGGUGACACGGACCGUCGUUUGGGCAUUAUUUCAUGGCAGAUGGGCCUGCCCCGCCUUGCCCCCAAAUUCCACUGGGGUCCAUUUGGGGGGUCCUGCUGCACUCCACUGAUCCCCAAGGAAGUAUAAUAAGUGAUCCCCAGCCAGAGUCUACUCACUGUCACAAGCACAACGAGCUUAUACAAGAAAGCACUGAGGGGGCGCAGAGGGCCCGCUGGUUCCAGAGGAACCACAGCUGUUCCUGAUCAACCCACAUCAUCUGAGGCCUGCCCGCCCACCCCGCGACCCACCACUCCCUUGCUGCUCCGCCCCUGCCAGUGCCCAGCCCGGCGGCUCUGAGGAAGGGUUCCUAGAAUCCUUCUUGAGCUGUGCCAUUUACUCAGGGGACUCCCAAACAGCCAGCCGCCAGUGCCGGUGGAGGGCUGGCUGCAAGGGAGGGCCAGUGCCCAGACGGGGGCGUGGGGCUCAGACUCCCCCCGCUUAGAGAAUUGCUCUGGGGCUCCAACUUCCUUCCUUCCUUCGGGGCCAGUCUCGGCUGAUAUCUGGUCACUCCCAGACAGCUGACCUGACCAGACCAGACCGUUUGCCUUUUCAAAUUUUCCAGUCCUGCUGCGAGAUGAGCUUCUUCCUCAGUUUCCUUUUGGAAACUCCUCCUUCCAACAAGCAAGUGGGAUCCCGGGGCCCGGGGCAGGCCAUGUUGGCCUGCCGUGUCUGUUUCAAGUCUUGCUGGAUGUUCCUGGUUCCUCUGUCCCUUUCUCUGUCUCCCCUUCCCACCACCACCCACCCCACCUUUUCCGUCCCACCCCCUAGGUUCCAGGUAGUUACUCUGAAAAGUUAUCAGGGGAGUGGCCCCAGGGUGAUAGCUCAGGGAACAAACAAAAAAAGGAAUUCAGUGAAAACAUGGGUUUUUUCUUUUAUGAAUUACUCCUGGGUCACUUCCGCCACUGGUGAAGCCAGAACUUCUCCGACAAGAAUCUUGCAAAAGUCCAGUGAAUUAGUCGAAUCAUUCUGUGGAUGCCAAAGAAUAUUUUGACCAUAAUACAGCACAGCCUGGACCUGACAACUUGUCACUUGGACUUUUUUUUUUAUGGAGUUCUUUAGCAACAAAGUGUAGAGACAUGUUCAUUGCGCACACGCAAGGAGUCAAGCCCAGGCUCUUGGAAGAGGAUGCUGUUCUGCUGCUGAACCAUUGGAAUCAGGACGUGGGAACCAGGUGUUGGGAUUUCAGAUCCUGGACUGGGCGCACUGUGAGCUUUCCUAAACUCUGAGACUCACAGAGGGGAUGAAUACUGAUGGCAAAGGUCUUCACCGUGUGGUUCCCCCCACCCCGAAAACACACAAUGUGCAAAUCGGCGGGACGGGCAGUAGCUUGACCACCUACCCCCGACUCCAGAACUUUCAAGGUACGACAGUGGCAUUGUCAUCGACACUCGGUUUCAUGUGAAUUUUAGCAAGACAGGAAACAAAGCUUAGGACUACGUUCAGAAGAUCGGGCAAAUGUGUCCAGUUGGAGUGGACUCGGGGCGGGCUUCAAGGAUUCUGGGUGCUGGGACGGCACAGGCUACCACAUGGAGUUGAGUCUGCCUGCCACCCUGGUAGUGACGGCCAGUGCAGUGUCUGCACCAGCGGCCCAUCCCCGUUCUCUGUUUACUGCCUUUGAACAGUCCUCCUUCCUUCCCCGUGCUUUGGGUCAGAGUCUUGUCUUUGCCGGAUUGCCCGGUCUGACCUCACAGGGAGCCAAGGGACGAGCUUAAAGAACAACCAAACUCUGCCAGGGGGGAGGGGUGGAGUCCCAGGAAUAUCUCCGGCCCAGUUGCCCCCUCACCCCAAUCCUUUCAUGCAUCCUGAGGCUCCCUGGGGACAGAGGCAAGGACAGGAGAGAACAGGGAAGGAAUGUACUGCAGGCGUCUGCCCAGAGUCUGGUCUGGGUAGGCCAGGCGGCGCAGCCAACACCCUUCAGGGGGCCUCUACCCAACUGGCCUCUGGAUUCUCCACUGUUGGCUCUUGCUUUGGACUAGGCUAUCCCUGGGGCUGUGUCCUGCACAGGGCCCAGGGAUCUGUUAGGCUGGCUGGUGGGGAAGCUGGGAGAACCUGCGCUCCCAGGCCUGGCCCUAGAGCUGUUCUUGCCAGGCAGCUGUCCACCGUGGGGAUGUCUGGCACGACCACACAGAGGACAAGGAUGCUGCUUUCUACCGUUAGUUAGACCCCCUUCCUUCACUCUUCUUCCCGUCUCCUGUCCACAGUGUAGACAGCUUUGCCAGUCCUGGUAUUGAGGUGAGAAGCAGGGAACGAGGCAGAAGGCCUUUUGCAGGCCAGAGGCUGAGGCAGAUCUGCUUGAGCACCUCUGCCCACCAUACUCCCUGGCCCUCUCCCCAGAGGGAGAAGCUCCUGUUACUCCUGGCUGCCGUCCCCCCUUCUCCGAGUCCUGGGUGCACAGCUCCUCCCCCUCAUCAGAGCCAGGAAGGAUGGGGUGCAAGGAAAGUAUUUUUAUGGAUCACAAAAUGUAUUUUGAAGUGAAUAAGGAGAAGAAAGUUUAAACGGUUUAUUUUAUUAAAUGAGCUCUGACUUUGUGACAGUGUAUGAGCAUUUGCUAAGUCAGGGUCUCGGUUUCUUUAGAGAAGCCACUCGGGUUUCCAGACAUGGGUGCCCGACUGUAGGUGUGUCUGCCAGGGCACGUCUCAUGUGUCCACAUGCGUGUGUGUCUGCAUGUUGUGUUUGGGCACAUCAUGGGACCUGCUGGGGCGAUUUCUAGAGCAUCAACUGGCCGACGAUACUAACAGACAUUGGCAGCGGCUGAACUUGGCAUUUCCUUGCUCACUGCCAGAUGUGGCCAACAUCUGCCUAUGCCUGAAGCUCUGCAGAAUGGUCUGGAUGCCUGUGGGGAGGCCACUUCCCAUGCCCCUGGCCCAGCUGGCCACAUUGGCCAGAGGGCCAGGGCUUGAGUCUGGGACUUUUGGUUGUUCUUUAAGGCACUUCCUGCCACCUUGUCCCUCAGAUGCACAACACUCUGUGCUCCACAAACGGCUCGGGGUGGGGGGAUGAUAUGAAUGUCACAGGAGGAGACACCUUCUGUCCUUGUUUUAAAGAAAGUGAUGUGCCAUUUGUUAAUAUACAAGAGAAAUAUUGAAAAUAUAUUGAAAAGAGCAAUUUUAAAUUAUUUUUGGCUUAUGUUGCAAUAUUUAUUUUCUUGUAUUAGAAAAGAUUCCUUUGUAGAGAAAAAAUGUAUUUUUCAUUAACGCAAAGACCUAUUUCUCCUUUUUGUACAUUGUCCAUGUUCGCUGCCCUUAACGAGCAAUAGAAUGUAUGGCCGCCUCGCCGUGGCCAGCGCCCGCCGUGCCCUGCAUGAUUCUGUGUUGCUGCUGCUGCGUAGCUCCUAGUCCCAUCCUGUCCUGCUCACUCAUGGGGGUUUCCAGACCCUGGCCCCCACCAAGGCCUGUGUCUCAAGGACCCCUUUGCAUUCCUCGUGUGUUGGCAAACGCAGUUAAUAAAGCAAUGUUUUCUGUGC